AUGACUAUAAAAUCAAUCAUUCUUGUAAUGGUGUCUCUUCAAACCUACACUGCAAAUGGACAAAUAAUAUGUGAGAGGCAAAUGAGUGUGGAAUGGCGCACACAACCAAAGCACCACAUCAUGAAAUGGACUUUGAUGAAUAACAUCUGCUCGAACUUCUACACAGAUUGCUGGAAUAUAAAUACCAAUAUUGAAAGGAACAUCCUAGAACAGCAGGCUUUGAAUGUCCCUCAAAUAUGUCCCUUGCAGCUUCAGCUGGGGGAUAGUCUGUUCAUAUCUUCAGAGGCAUCUUUUCAGUCACAUGGGAUGAAUUUGGGGAAUGUUUCCAUGGAAGAAUUUAUUAGGUGCCCCCCAAAAGACUUUCUUCAAGAUCAGUUGAUUUUUGGUUGCAGGUUAAGAGGGAUGCAUCAAGUUGACCCUCGGUGGCUUGAAGUUGGAACUCAUUAUUUUGCAGAAGUUCAGACCAAAGGACCACUGUUAUGCAACCUAGGCCUUCGGCUCAACGUAACAGUGAAGCAGCAGUUUUGCCAACAGUCUUCAAAUGCACCAUUUUGCUCCAGACAUGGCAGAUGCUUAAGCCAUGUAUGGGAAGAGGCAUAUAACUGCCACUGUUCUCAACAGUAUUCUGGAAGAUUCUGCCAGGAGUUUGAUGCAUGCGCCAGUAAACCCUGCCAGAACAAUGCCUCCUGUAUUGACACAAGAGAAGGAACUAUUGGGAAUUCCUAUGAAUGUGCCUGUCCCUCACAAUUUGCAGGUAAAAACUGUUCAGAAAUAAUUGGACAGUGCCAGCCUCAUGCCUGUCUGAAUGGCAACUGCAGUAAUGUUACUCCAAAUACUUUUCUUUGUGAAUGUGACAAAGACUUUACAGGUAAGAAAUUCAUUUUAUUUUCUAUGCUUGCCAUGAACAAUAGUUUAGUUUGCAUCACAGAAGAUUUUGAUGGUGAAUGUCAAAGGUGCAUACUUAUUAGUGAGGUUCAGGAAGAUGUCCUUCCUCCCCCAGGUUUCUUAUUUUUACUAAUAGGUGCGUUUUGUGAGAAGCCCCUUGAGCCUUGUAUUUCUCAACCAUGCCUGAAUGGCGGGAUAUGCCAGAAUAAUGAGCAUGGAUAUGUUUGUGAAUGUCUGGCUGGAUUUCUUGGCCAUAACUGUGAAACAGAUGUCAAUGAAUGUUCUUCAAGGCCAUGUCAGAAUGGAGCUACAUGCAUUGAUAUGCCAAAUGGUGUGGCAUGUAUCUGUCUGCCAGUGUUCACUGGCAAGUUCUGCGACAGUGUAUUGAGACCAUGUGAGUUAUCACCCUGCUUAAAUAAAGCUACUUGUGUAGAUCAGCAGCAGAGCUAUUAUUGCUGCUGCAUGCCAGGAUUCACUGGGAAGAACUGUGAGGAAGUAAUUGACUACUGCAGGCUGCUCAGCAUCAACUGUCUGAAUGAAGGAUUGUGUCUCAAUAUAAUUGGAGGAUUCAGUUGUCUCUGUGCUCCCGGAUGGACAGGGGAAUUCUGCCAAUCUGUUGAAAAUGCAUGUUUAAUUUACCCUGACAAUUGCUACAAUGGAGCUACUUGUAUCGAUAUGAGUCAAUCGAAAGAGAAACCACAAUUUCAAUGCCUGUGUCUUCGCGGUUUCACAGGAGCAUUCUGUGAGAUUGAAAUUGAUGAGUGUAGUUCCAAUCCAUGUAAACACGGAGGAACAUGCAUUGAUUCCACAGGACAUUUUAAGUGUACCUGCCUUAUGGGAUUUGAAGGUGAAAAAUGCGAACUGGAUAUCGAUGCCUGCUUAUUCUACAACAUAAGCUGCACCUCAGGGGAACUGUGUGUGGAUAGACCUCAUGGACUUAAUUAUACAUGUUUGUUACCAUGUAAUGAAAAUACAGAGUCAUGUGCAAAUGGAGGUAGCUGCUUCCUUGAUGAAGACAACCAGAGUUCUCAAUGUGUCUGUGCUCCUGGAUGGACUGGGCGAACGUGCCUGGAGAACAUUAAUGACUGUGAAGAGAACUGGUGCCAGCAUGGAGCCACUUGUGAAGAUGGAAUCAAUGAAUACAGGUGCAUGUGUCCUCUGGGAUACACUGGCUCCUUCUGUGAGCUUAACAUAGAUUACUGCAUUGGAAACCAGUGCUCAAAUCAUGGCUUCUGCCAGGACAACUUGAAUAAUUACAGCUGUCGCUGCAUGGUUGGAUAUGAAGGACCCUUCUGUGAAGUGGAGAUUAAUGAAUGUUCAAGUUCACCCUGCAAAAAUGGGGCCACCUGUAUGGAUUUAAUUGGCUACUUCUCAUGUCAAUGUGUUGCAGGCUUCAAAGGUGCAAGAUGUGAAACAGAUCUAGAUGAGUGUGCCUCAUUUCCCUGCAAGAAUGGAGCCACCUGCAUUGACCAACCUGGUAAUUACUUCUGCCAGUGUGUGGCUCCAUUUAAAGUUGUUGACGGCUUCUAUUGUUUGUGCAACCCUGGAUACGCAGGACUGAAAUGUGACCAGGACAUUGAUGACUGUAUUAUCAAUGCUUGUGACCACAAUUCUACAUGCAUGGAUCUGCAUCUGAGCUACCGGUGUGUCUGCCUGCCUGGAUGGGAAGGAACAUUUUGUGAAUACGAAUCCAAUGAAUGUAACUCAGAGCCAUGCAAAAAUAAUGGCACCUGUACAGAUCUGUUCAUUAGCUAUAGAUGUACGUGUACAGCAGGCUGGACAGGGCCACAAUGCACUGAAGAUAUAAAUGAAUGUGAUUCUUACCCAUGCUUAAAUGGAGCCACCUGCCAGGAGUCUGCUAUCCAGGGGCAGUUUAUAUGUAUUUGUCCACCAUUUUAUACUGGUGACUUUUGCCAGCAGCGCUACAAUCCCUGUGACCGACCCUACAAUCCAUGUAUAAACAACUCAACUUGCUUGGCACAGGUUGAUGGGAAUCCAUUGUGUGUUUGUGAAAAAGGAUUUGAAGGUGCUUACUGUGAAAUUGACAGCAAUGAGUGUAUCUCCCAUCCAUGCCAGAACCAGGGUCAUUGUGUAGAUGAGGUUAACAGUUACAGGUGCUCCUGCAGACCUGGAUUUUCUGGGACACGAUGUGAAGUGAACAUUAAUGAAUGUUUAUCGAGACCCUGCAAAAACAAUGGAACUUGUAUUGAUCUUAUAAACAGGUUCCUCUGUAAUUGUGCACCUUGGUACUAUGGGCCUCUCUGUGAGUUGGAUGUAAAUGAGUGCGAAACUUUGCCUUGUCUGCAUGGAGGCAGCUGCUCCAACAAGCCUAGAGGCUACCAGUGUGUCUGUCCUCCUGGAUUCACAGGCAACAGAUGUGAAGCAAAUAUAGAUGAAUGUAUAUCAGCACCCUGUCUCAAUGAUGGAAGUUGCAUUGAUGAUAUAAACUUCUAUAAAUGUCACUGUAAGAGAGGCUUUAUCGGAAUAAACUGUGAGACAGAUGUUGAUGAAUGUUUGCCAGAGCCUUGUCUUCAUGGAAGAUGUGUAGACUUUGUAGCUGGGUAUCAAUGCUCCUGUGAAACAGGAUGGACUGGCUCGAAAUGUGAGAUCAAUAUUAAUGAAUGCAAGUCUGCUCCAUGCAUGAAUGGAGGUUCUUGUCAAGACUUGGUCAGUGCAUUUUUGUGCAUUUGCGUGAGUGGAUACACUGGUGAAUUUUGUGAAGUAGAUAUUGACGUUUGCAAUGAACCUGCACCGAACUCAACCCUUUGUUUCAAUGGAGGCUUAUGUGUUGAUGGUCCUGGAAGAACUUUUCAUUGCAGGUGUCACCCUGGAUUUUCUGGUCAGUUUUGUGAAAUAGAAGUUAAUGAGUGUGGUUCAUCACCUUGUCUACAUGGUUCAACCUGUGAAGAUCAUAUCAAUGGAUACACUUGCAAAUGUCAACAUGGAUGGGCAGGCUUGAAUUGUGAGGAGGAUAUUGAUGAAUGCAGCUCUAAUCCCUGUGUACAUGGCAUCUGCAUCCAGAAGGAACCCAGCUUGGGUUACACCUGUUUUUGCAAACCUGGAUUUGUGGGACGAAGCUGUGAGCUUAAUUACAAUGAUUGCCUAAUACAGACCUGCUCCGCUGGGUUUCUUUGCAAUGAUGGAAUAAACAAUAUCACCUGCUUACCUGCUAUCCCCCAAAGCAACAAAACUAUCACUGAAAUGGAUGGAGUGCCCCCUACUGAGAUUUUACACAAUGAUCUUACUCCAGCAAUAUCUGUUUCUACUGGGAUUUGGUCUAAACAUGCUACUCCUGAUUUUCAUACAAUGCAGCUAUCCCAAGCUCUGAAAAAGACAGACAUUGUCAGCUGCGGGAUUCUUCUGACCACUAAUGUGGCUAACUUAAAUUCCAGCAUAUCUUUUGAAAGCAAUAGACUAGGAGAAGAUAAGUAUGAGAUGACCCCAUUUAUCAGUUGUUCCUUAAUGACAGUUUCUGUUUACUCAACAUAAGCUUCAUCAUUAGAGAGCCAUCAGACUGUUUCUUUAUUGGCAACAGACAUGAGUUCAGUAAUUAGUAGCAUACCAGGAGUUGAGAUUGAAUUAAAUAGUUACUCAUUACUCUCCCGUGGAUGCCUGCUUACAACUGUUUCUACAAGUGCACCUUCAAUUCUCUCUAGGUUGCCUCAAGAGGGUACUGGAGAACAAUCAUCUGUUUUCUCAACAUCAGUAGGAGAGCACUGGAGUUUACUGAACCCCUCAAUAGCUCUUGAUUCUCCUGUUAAGACAUUUAUUUCAAAACAGGUAGCUUUCUUUAGCUCAUUAGUUAUGCACAAAGCCCAAAUGCAAACAUCCCUUCCCAAUGAAUGUCUGGUUAUUAUCUUUUCAUCCAUCGACCAGAGACUCUCAAACAUCAAAUCACAGUCUGCUGAUUCUUUAAGUGAAUUAAGCCAAACAUGUACAAUGUGUUCUAUAACUGAAGUAAAACCCUCUGAUGAAUUCUCAGAUCAAGUUUUGCAUAGCAAACAGUCCCCUUUUUAUGAGACAUUCUGGAUAAACUCAAUGAUAUUAACCAGCUGGUUCACACUAAUGGGAGCUACUGCUAUUACUUCUGGGCAUUUGUUUUCUUCAGCUAGUGAAAUAGCAUCAUCAGUGAAGUUCAUAGAACUGUCAUCCUCAUAUCCCACUAAAGAAAGUACAGUUAAAUUCCUAACGGAAGGAUAUAUUCUAUCUAUGUCCUUGCAAGUAUUGAACACUAUUUUUCCAUGUAUUCAUUCAGAUUGUAUAACCAUUGUACCUUCACAAACCAUCUUUAUAGAACCAUCAUUUUCAACAAUUAUGUACUCACAAGAAAUCAACAAAGAUUUGACAAGAAAAUUAACUGCUGCCGAGAAGCUGACGCUGAGUGGUGCACUUCAAGAACCUGUUACCAGUCACAUAACAGAUAGUUCUUCUGAGCUCAAAACAAAUUUACAGAUCAAUUCAGAUGAGACUCUCAAAAUAUUUUCCAAAACAGUUCUGGAUAUGCACCUUCUGCCUAUGGAAGUUCGAUAUAUAAACAUAAUGGUUGAUUACCCUGAAAGGCAUUCAUUAUUUGCAUCUUCUAGUGACAUGCUGUCUUACUCAGUUUUACUUGGGCAAUUGCCCCAUGUAGAAAUACAUUCUCCUAAAAUUUUGGAAACACAGGAUUUAUUAUCUCAUGCUGAUUAUCUGACUCUAAAUUUUGCCUUACAAGAGUCUAGCAGUACUUCAUGGGAAUAUUUGAGAUGGACACACAGUACUGAUAUUCAUGAUAAAGAACUUCUAACAAGUCUAAACAGUCUUUUAUCCAAAUAUCAUAGUAUGUCUGCAGUGGACUCGACUCCUGGCCUUUAUCAGCUGACAUUGUCUGGAAAUGUCACACUGACAGAACUGGAAGCCCUAUUUUCGAAACAAAGGGUAGAAAUAAAUGAUUUCAACUAUGCUCAAUACCAUGGAGAUUCUUAUCUGGAAUUUCAAGGUUUGCAGUUGAAACCACAAAACAACAUCCAUCUAGAAUUUCAGACCUAUAGCUGCCAAGGACUCCUCCUGUACAUUGAACAGAGUCCAGCAACAAUGGGACAUUUAUUUAUUCAACUUUUCAUCAAACACGGUACCUUACAGUACCACUUUGUAUGUGAUGGGGCAGCAGAAGUUAGAAGCAUCAAUACCACUAUUAGAGUCGAUAAUGGACACAAGUAUAGAGUUCACAUUAAGCAAGACAUGAUACCAUGUGAUGCUGAAGUGACUGUCCUGAGUAUUUCUGCGAAGAUAAGCAUGCCUACCAAUCUCUGGUCCAGUACAGUUUGGCGUGAGACAGGUCCUAUAUUUAUAGGUGGUUUACCUCAUCGCUAUGCAAAAAAACAGGUGCCUGAACCUGUCUACAAUUUCACUGGCUGUAUACAAGUCCUAGAAAUCAAUAAUCUGGGAUCUUUCACCUUCUCUAAUGCUGUGGGCAGAAACAAUAUUGACAGCUGCAGAAAAUCACAGGGAUUCAUGAACAGUCCAUCUGCAGUAUUCCUGGAGCAGUCCCUGUUUACUCAGGGAGCAGAAACCUGCUUCUUCACCUCUCUCGCCCCUUCUCCUGGGUUGCCAUCAGUGUGUCAGGAGAAUUUGUGCCAUAAUGGAGGGACUUGUCAUCAAAUCCAUCUUUCUAGUGGGGCCACAUCAUUUCAAUGUGACUGCCCUCUACAUUUCACUGGGCGUUUCUGUGAAAAAGACACAGCACUGUUUUUUCCAUCCUUCAGUGGGAACUCUUAUUUAGAACUGCCUUCUGUAACAUCUGUAUCAAAGAUCCAGGUUGCACUGGGGCAGGAACCAAACAGAAUUACAACUAUAUACUUGACAGUGAAAACAACUGCUUUAAAUGGCACUAUCCUUUACAGUGAUGAAAAGAAUUUUGGAGAACAGUUUCUUCAUCUGUAUCUUGAAGAAGGAAGACCAGCAGUUCGAUUUGGGUGUGGCAACUCACAAAACAUUCUGGCUGCAUCCGUCAAUCAAUCUGUUAACAAAGAUGUACUCUUAUCUAUCACAAUAAGCUAUAUGUUGCCUGUUGGCAGUCCUGGAGGUUAUUGUAUGAUUAAAAUGGCUGCAGAUGGAAAUCCUCCUGUGCAACACAGAGUCUCUCUGACAAAUCCUGUAUCUCAGAGCACCUUUGGAUCGAUGUUCCUUGGAAAUGUCCCUGCUCAAGCUCAGGUCCACCAGAGUGCAGGGCUGAUUCAGGGCUACAAAGGCUGCAUUAGGGAGUUUCAAGUGAACAACAAAGAACUAUUCAUCAUCGACGAGGCCCUAGGUGGGAGGAACAUUGAGAACUGCAAUGUCCCUGUCUGUGAUUACCCUCCAUGUCGCAAUGGCGGUACCUGCACCAGUGAUACAGAAAACUGGUUCUGUGAGUGCCCUGGACUCUACUCUGGAAAACUUUGUCAGUUCACAACUUGUGAUGAGAAUCCAUGUGGGAACGGUGCUACUUGUUUUCCAAAAUCCAGCCAAGAUGCCGUUUGCCUCUGUCCUUAUGGAAAAACUGGAAUCCUCUGCAAUGAUGCUAUUAAUAUUAGCCACCCCAGUUUCAGUGGCACAGAUGUCUUUGGCUACACCUCAUUCCUUGCCUUUUCUGCAAUCCCAAAUAUCAGCUUCUACUCUGAAUUCCGCCUGAAAUUUCAACUGGCAAACCACAACUCAGCAGUACAAGAUAAUCUGAUAUUUUUCACUGGACAGAAAGGCCAAGGUCUCAGUGGAGAUGAUUUCCUGGUGCUAGGCCUGCGUAAUGGCAGUGUGGUAUACAGCUAUAAUCUGGGCUCUGGCACGGCCACUCUCAUUAGUCAGCCACUCGAUCUGACACUCAAUAUUCAUGUGAUCCAUCUUGGCAGAUCUCUCCGAGCAGGCUGGCUGAAGGUGGAUGAUCAUAAGAAUAAAUCCGUCACAUCCCCAGGAAGGUUGGUUGGGCUCAAUGUCUUCAGUCAAUUUUAUGUAGGUGGCUACAUUGAAAACACUCCUGAACUCUUACCAAAUGGAUCCAAAUUUGAGAAUGGCUUUCAAGGAUGUAUUUUUGACAUAGAAGUUCGCACUGGAAAGGAUCACCGAUUUAAAUCACCAGGGACGCCAGAAGGCCAUCCCAACGCAGGUCGCAGUGUAGGACAAUGUGAAGAUUCCCCGUGCAGUUUAACAAAAUGCAGAAAUGGUGGAAUGUGCAUGGAAAGUGGAUCUACUGUUUACUGUGACUGCCCCACUGGAUGGAAAGGAGCAUUUUGCACAGAGACAGUUUCAGUUUGCGAUCCUGAGCACAACCCACCACAUCUGUGUAGAAAAGGUGCUACCUGUGUGCCACUGCCUGAUGGAUACACAUGCCACUGCCCUCUAGGAACUACUGGCACCUUCUGUGAACAAGCCUUAUCCAUAAGCGAUGCAUCUUUCAGAAGUAAUGAAUCAUCGUGGAUGUCAUUUGCUUCCUUUCAUAUUCGACACAAGACUCACAUCCAACUACAAUUUCAGCCUCUUUCUGCAGAUGGUAUCCUUUUUUAUACUGCCCAGCACCUUAGCCCUCGAUCAGGUGACUUUCUAUGUAUAUCCUUAGUAAAUGGAUUUGUACAACUACGCUACAGCCUUGGCGACAAGAUAGUCAUCUUACAGUCUCUUCAAAACGUAUGUACAAAUGGAAGUACAUGGCAUUUCCUUAAAGCAGGAAGAAUAGGUAAUGAAGGUUACCUGGAUCUGGAUGGCAUCAACAUUACCCGGAAAGCCAGUGCUGGAAUGACUGCCCUCGACAUAAACACAGAUUUCUAUGUCGGAGGAGUGUCAUCCUUAAAUCUUGUCAAUUCAAUGGCAAUAGAGAAUGAACCUAUAGGUUUCAGUGGGUGUAUACGAGAAAUUAUUAUAAACCAUAGAGAACUAAAACUCACCGAGGCAGACCCUAAAGAUGGUUCCAAUGUAGGUGACUGUGAUGGAACUGUUUGCGGGUACACAGUGUGCAAAAAUAAUGGUAAAUGUCAAGUUCAAAACUCAGGCUUUUCUUGCUUUUGUCCUCAACCCUGGACAGGGAACACGUGUGAACAAUCUGUUUACUGUUCACAUAAUGGUUGUCUGCACCAGGCUCUUUGUAUUCCUGAUCCCAUUUUAUUUUCAUACAGUUGUGCAUGUACACUAGGAUGGUCGGGUAGAUACUGUGACAAUGAAAUCUCAUUUUCUACUGCAAAAUUUGCAGGUAAUUCAUACAUCAAAUACAUGGAUCCUCAUUAUGGACAGAGAGACCUCAGAUUUACUAGUGUAUCUCUAAAUUUUACUACCAGUCAGAGUGAAGGCUUAAUUUUAUGGAUGGGAAAAGCUGAAAAUGAAGACAAUGAUUUCCUUGCAGUUGGUCUUACUAAUGGGACCUUAAAAGUUGUGGUUAAUCUUGGAGAGAAAAUCUCUGUCCCUUUAAUUCACAGUAAACAUUCCCUUUGUUGCAAGAGAUGGCAUUUUGUCACCAUAGCUCAAAAGCAGACUUCUGUUAAAGUGUACCUUGAUGAAUAUCUGGUUCUCUUUGAAGAUAUUGAUCCACAAAGAAAAUACAUUGCUCUAAACUAUGGAGGCAUUUGCUAUUUUGGUGGGUUUGAACUUGGCAGAAAAGUAAACACAGUCACUUCAGGGCUUUUUAGUCAGCAGCUAGUUGGUAAAAUUAAAGAUGUUGUACUCUUUCAAGAUUCUAAAACAAUCCAAUUAAUUAAGGCAGAAGGCUACAAUGUUUAUGAUGGAGAUAGGGAUUAACUGAAAAAAAUUAGGGUUAAAACCCCCCCAAAUGAACAGAUGAGUAGGUUUAUACUCCACCCUAUUGGCUAGUAAUAUUAGAAUGAGACUCCUUUUUAGUAACAUGCUUAGUAGUAUUAUGCACACACUGUAACUACUUGCUUGCUACUACAAACUACCAAACUUUUUAUAUAGUUGGAUGAAUACCACGGAUGAAAAAUGGUCAAAUUCACUUAUGAUACUAAUCUCAUUUCUAGAUACUGUUUUGAAAACAGGAAACUUUGAUUUUAUAGAUUUAUUUUGCCUGAGACAGUUUUGUACUCUGAAAGUGAUAAUUUACAGGAAUAAAUGCCCUGAGAAAUGUUUAAAUUAAUGGCAUCCUUUCCAGCUUCUUUAGCCCAGCAUUCUCAAGUACACUGUAUUAGUAAAGAAAUAGAAAGGCAGACAUCAGAAACCAGUUCUCAGGGAGGGUGAUGGAGUACAGGUUGCCUAGUUUUACCUGGAAUUCCUGGAAAUUAACUGGCAAUAGUAUACAGAAAAUUAACUACAUUUACCUGAGUUUUAUUUACACACACAAAUCUAUCUACUACUAUCAUCCAGAAUCCAAUACUUUUCUCAUUUAUUUUAAUACUAAAAAGUUUAUCCAAGUCUUAGUUUCUCUUACAAAUUGCUUGUAAAGCAUGAAAAAGUCAGCAUUUGUGGAAUAACCUCAUGCACAUACAGUGUUUCAUAGGAAAACACUGGAGUUUUCCUUCAGUGUAGAUUGAGAUUUUCCAAGAUGUCUAGGGGAUAUAGCCACAGAUCUCCCACUGAUGUUCAAUCCUCGAGUCAGCUUAAAACCUCAACCACAGAUAAAACCCUUUUAUGGAAAGUAAACAAGUUUAGUUUAUUUUGCAAAUGCCUAGUUAUCAUUACUUUAAUGAUCAGUACUUUAACAAACAAGAAAUAAAACAAAGAUACUUGUGGUAUAUUUAAUGUGCUUAGUUAUAAUAUGGCCUCCAAUGCUAUUUAAAUUUUUCACUUCAAUCAACUGCUAUUAAUUUACUGUAUAAAUAAAAUGUUUACAUCAAAACAAAAGUGGUGGAUUUCUACCUUCUUCCCUGUUAUUACAGCUCAAGAUCAAGCUCUCUUCUCAUAUUAGGAAUUAACUAUAUAUACACACAUACAUAUAUACACAGUGUACUCAACUGCAGAGAAGAGAAAUUACAUGGAUUUAUUUCAAGAUACAAAACCAGCUACUCAGCAAGAAUCAAGUAAGUAAAAGGCUGGAUGCCUUCUAAGGAGAUAAUAUAAAUAAUUUAAAUCUAUCUGAAGUACCCAGUGAAACAUCAAAAUUCCAGGCCCAUUUCAGGAUACAUAUAAAGCAGCAAUCUCUCUCCUAGUUCAUCAAACUAUUUCUUAAAUAUUAAGGGACAACAGUCAAUACUGUGGGACAGACACUUGCUUGGUCCAUAUCUUUAUGCUGUUCAGACAAUGCAAAGGAAGCAGAAACUGCUCACACGUCCUUUGUUGGAGAUUUCUCCAGUGUAAGAUUGUCCUCAAUGAGCACAGAGGUUCCUAUGCCUCGCUCUUCCCAGUAGAUAUAUCAGAAAUAGAAGAGUAGCUGAAGAAUACUGCCUUCCAGCUACCCCCCAAUGAACUGUUGCCAUUUAGCAAGUUAAAGUAGUCUGCUAGGAUAACUGGUGCCAAGAAGCAGGGAGGAGUAACAGGUAUAUUAGGAAGGUUAUUGGUUCUCAGCUAUUCCUUUUUCCUCCCUUUCCCAGGCUACCUCUUGGUGGGAGGGGAAGGGAGCCAUCUAUCCUGCUCUCUUCUCACCGCCUAGCAGCUAGCCAGACAAUGGAGUAACCAGUUACUCUUUCCCCUUCUCCUACCAUGUGAUGCAGCAGGGGAACAGUUAACAGCUGCUCACUACACCCCCAGCUCACACCCGAGGAACUCCCAUGGCUACAGGGGAGAAUAUGGGAGGCAAACUGGGGAGGCAGCACUCUAUAGUACGGCUCUAUAGUGAUGAGAUCUAUUCAAACACUUCAGUUUAGUAACUGAAGGGCAGGACUCUGGGAACAGAUUUCCCAGUUGUCAUCAACUGUGUUCUUAACACAGGCGUCUUUGAAAGCCACAAUUGAGAGCUACACGUUGGACACCACUGUUACACUAUAUCCACUUAGCAAGUU